AUGGCGGCUACCAUGAAAACCAAAAAACAGCAAAUGUUAAAAUGUUUGCUUUUCGUAUACGGUUGAUGAUGCUUGACAUAACUUAACAUGACAACAAGCGACGAUCUCAGUGAUUCCGAUUCCUUUCUGUCUAAAGAAAAAUCUUCCGGCCACAAAAAUAAACGUAAACAUAGUAAACACAAGAAGUCAAAACGUAAACACCACGAACGUGACAGGGAAAGGGAGCGUAGCCCGGAGUACCACGACCGUCAUUUAUCUCAUACAAGACAUCGAUCUUCGGAUGAAGACAAGACGUACAUUGACAAAAGCAGCAGAUACAGAGAUGGGCAUCCGAAAGAUAGCAGAGAGCGAGAUGUCGACGGUAGCAGUAGAUACAGAGAUGUGAUUCCCAGUGCUAGCAGUAGAUACAGAGAUAAGCAUCAUCAUGAUCAUGAGAAGCCUUCCCCAAAAUGUAGGCAAAGUGUUGUUGAACUUGAAAAAACAAGGAAUAUUUCUGCAGACAAAAACAGUGAUGUUAAAAGUGAAAGGGUGUAUGAGACAAAGUAUAAAGACAAAGAUCAUCACUGUAAAAAAACUUCAUUAAAUUCUGACUCUGAAGAAGAGCAGCAGGACUCUGACUUUGAUUUCACUCAGCAUAAACCAUCUUUGAACAGAAUAUUUUUCCGAGAUCAGGACUUUAUAAAAAGAGGAACUAAAGAGUAUGAUGAUUUUUGGGCAUUCCUGGUCAAAUAUCAAGCAUUCCAACGGAAGAAGGCAGCCAAGAAACAGUCUAAGAGUAAAACAUCCACCAGACAGGAAGACGAGGGAAGGCUUGGCCUGCCACGAACGUACGACAACCGUUACCGCAUCAACCUGUCACUGGUCAGCAAAGAUGUGGAACUUUUCCUCAAGAAGGGGCGACUUGUCGACUACGAUGUGGGUCGAGACCUGACCCGGGAGAGAGUGACCAAGUUCAAGGGCAUCCUGCUUCACUACCUGGACUUCCAACAGAAACAGAAGUUUACCAAGUUGAAGAAGAUCCGUGCAGACCAGGAGAACUUGCCCAUCUUCCAGUACAAGACCAUGAUCUGUGGUAUGGUGAAGCGCCAUCAAGUGGUGGUUGUCGCCGGGGAUACAGGGUGUGGCAAAUCCACACAGGUGCCGCAGUAUCUGAUGGAGGCAGGGUUCGAGAACAUCGCCUGCACACAGCCGCGGAGGAUCGCCUGCAUCUCUCUGUCAAAGCGAGUUGGCUAUGAGACCCUCAACGAGUAUGGCUCGGCUGUAGCCUUCCAGGUGCGCUUUGAGAAAAGCAAAACAAGAGCCACUAAAAUCCUCUUCCUGACAGAAGGACUGCUGCUGAGACAGAUGACAUCUGAUCCUUAUCUGAAACAGUAUGAUGUCAUUGUGAUUGACGAGGUUCACGAGCGUCACAUCUUCACGGACUUCCUGCUUGGUGUGCUCAAGUGCAUGCUGACACAGAGAGAGGACCUCAAGCUUGUGCUCAUGUCUGCCACCAUCAACAUCGAGCUCUUCAGCGGCUACUUCGAGAAUGCCCCAGUCAUACGGGUCCCGGGGCGUCUUCAUCCUAUUGAGUUAGAGUACCAGCCAAUUAAACGUGACGAGAUGACGAGUCGUGGCGAGAAGUUGGAUCCGACCCCAUACCUCCGCAUAAUGCAGACAAUUGACCACCGGUACCCAGUCACAGAGCGAGGUGAUCUGCUGAUAUUUUUGAGUGGGAUGACAGAGAUUAUGACUAUUGUGGAGGCAGCCAAUCAGUACGCUCAACAGACCAAGAGAUGGAUCAUCCUGCCCCUCCACAGUGCUCUGUCAGUCCAGGAGCAGGAUAAGGUGUUUGACGUAUCUCCCGAGGGAGUGAGAAAGUGCAUCGUAUCUACGAAUAUCGCAGAGACGUCGGUGACCAUUGACGGUGUCCGGUUCAUUGUAGACUCAGGCAAGGUCAAGGAAAUGAAUUUUGACCCCAAGUAUAAGAUGCGGCGUCUUCAGGAGUUCUGGAUCAGUCAAGCUAGUGCGGAACAGAGGAAGGGUCGAGCAGGUAGGACCGGCCCGGGGGUGUGCUACCGCCUGUAUGCCGACACUGACUACAACUCCUUCCAGGAGUAUGCCACGCCUGAGAUACAGCGCGUCACGCUGGAUACCCUCAUCCUCCAGAUGAUGUCCCUUGGAUUACCCGAUGCAAGGAGAUUCCCUUUUAUUGAGGCUCCAGAGAUGUCAAGCAUUGAGACUUCCAUAGCUUUCCUCAAGGAGCAGGGGGCUCUGACUGACGAUGAGGCUUUGACUCCUACUGGACAGAUGUUAUCGCGGCUACCAGUGGACGUUGUCAUCGGCAAGAUGCUCAUCAUGGGCUCCAUCUUCCAUAUGAUAGACCCAGUGCUGACGAUCGCGGCUGCCAUGAGCGUACAGUCUCCGUUCACUAUGAAGGCCCACCAAGACAGAGAUGCUAUUGCAGCCCGGAAGCCCCUGGAGUCGGAUCACGGAGACCCCUUCACACUGCUCAAUGCCGCAGAUGAAUGGAUACAGGUGAAGGCUGAGGGCCGAGGAACCCGGAAAUGGUGUCAGAGACGCGGUCUUGAGGAACAGAGGUUCUAUGAGAUGAACAAACUCAAGCGACAGUUCAGAGACCUCCUGAAGGACCAUGGGCUGUUGGAUGACGUUCAGGAGGAGGAACGCUACUACACCAGCGAGGAACGCCGUCAGCGCCACGGAGAGAGGAAGCGCCUUGGGCAGCUGAAGAGAGAACAGAACAAUGAGUCCAAGAAGAGGAAAGUACUUAAGUUCACUGAGGAUGACUACCAGCUGAGUGAUGGCGACGAAGAUGACAAGGGGAACGACAUCAAGGAUCUGGAAUUCCGACUGUCACAUGACCUUAGUCAGCUACAGGAGACUGCCAACAAGACUCGGUGUUUCAAGCUGCGUGAUGUCAACUUGCUCAAGGUCAUCCUGUGCAGCGGGCUGUACCCACAGGUGGCGCUGGCUGAUGACUGCAACUCCUACAAGGGCGACUCUGAGCAGGCCUUCCAUACAAAGAACAAGGCUUUCAUCCUCCUGCAUCCCACAAGUGUGUUCGCCAGCAAGCCAGAGGUGCUUCGUCCCAGUGACAUCAAGGACAACAAGACCACGCCCAGUGAGCUGAGGGGGCGACUCAGCAGCAAACACGAGGUCCUGGCGUUUGUUUCUAUCCUGGAGACCAACAAGCCUUACCUCAUCAACACAAUGCGGGUCCCAGCACUGCAAACUAUCACCCUCUUCUCCAACUCCAUUGAUGCCAAUGCCGACUGCACCAGGCUGGUGUGUGAUGGCUGGCUGGAGAUCCGGUUCCCUGACGCCGAGUCUGCUGAUGGUGUCAUAUCCAGCAUCCUACAUCUCCGGGCCACCUGGCUGAACCUGCUUCAAGUCCGCCUGGCCGAUACCAUGAGUCAGAUGGAUGACGACCAUAAGAAGGUCGGCAACAAAGCCCGGCGCCUGGAGCAGCUCCUUGCACGCAAACUGGCCGAGUUCCUGGACAGUCGAGUCACCUACUCCAUACGUCGGGUGAUGGCGGCCGAACAGCAGCACCUGUAUGUAGGCAUGAGUACAGACAGUCAAGAUAAUAAGGAACAUUCAGUUAAAGGAGGAACACAAGUCAAUUCUUAUUUAACAGUUGGCUGCCUGCUUGAUGAUACCUCGGCCAGCGUGUGGGGGGAAUACACGUCACACAUGCAGAAGGUCUGGGAAUGCCCACGAUGUCAUGUCAGCCUGAUUGUGUCAGUGGUAGAACGGCUGCAGCAUCAGAUGGAGUGUCAGAGUGCUGAUAAGCCUUUGUCUAAAGAUGAGGAGGCUGCAGAGCGUGAAUCAGAACGAGCCACACAACUCAACCCUCUGAGAAGAUCCUACUUUUGCCCCGACUGUGACCAACAGCUUUCUUUGACUGCAACAGAGAUUCUCAAACACAAGAAAUCUCACAAAGAAUGAGAGCUGUCUCUUGCUUGACCAACAGCUCUUCUGACUGCAACAGAGAUCAAUGUGUGUUUGGUCUCUUGUCAAGAUGGCAGCACUGUUGGUGUGACCCAGUGUCAGUGUGAACUGUCAAGGUGACAAGUCAAGAUGGCUGCCCCCAUGGGGAUCCAGGGUUAGAAUAUGCCCACAACAUGAAUCGGGGAAUCUGCAAUAGGGUUUGCCUGGCGUCCAGUAAUGGUCAAUUUCACAUUGUAAAACAUGGUACUAAAUAAUGAUAAAUUU